UAAUUUUGCCUCCCUUUUAUUAAAUUUUCAACUUGGAAUUCAAAAUUUUCUUUGAUUCGAUUUUACAUUUGCUUUCCGACCUAACCUCUAAACAAUCAAGACUUGUUUUCUUCUUUUUGACAAUUACAUCUUCAAAAUACUAAGAAAAGCGAAAGGCUUGUUAGUAAAGCUUUUACAUAAUACAUGAAUGGUGGUGCUUUGCUGGUAAAAACUUUUUCUGUUCUGGAAAUAGUAGGAGUGCAAUGCUGGUGAGCAAAAAAAUGGUGGUGAGGAAAGUAGGGAAGUACGAGGUGGGAAGGACAAUUGGAGAAGGAACCUUUGCUAAGGUUAAGUUCGCGCAGAACACGGAGACCGGUGAGAGUGUCGCCAUGAAAAUUCUCGAUCGUAAUACCAUCAUCAAACACAAGAUGAUGGAACAGAUUAAGAGGGAGAUAUCGAUAAUGAAGCUAGUCAGACAUCCCUAUGUUGUUCGUCUUCACGAGGUUCUAGCAAGUCGUACUAAGAUUUAUAUAAUCUUGGAGUACAUUACCGGUGGUGAAUUGUUCGAUAAAAUAAUUCAUCAAGGACGUCUGAGUGAAGCCGAAUCCCGUAGAUACUUCCAGCAGCUUAUUGAUGGUGUGGGUUAUUGCCACAGCAAGGGAGUCUACCAUAGAGACUUAAAGCCUGAAAAUCUUUUACUUGAUUCCCUUGGAAAUUUAAAGAUUUCGGAUUUUGGUUUGAGUGCUCUGCCUGAACAAGGAGUUAGCCUCCUUCGGACAACAUGUGGGACUCCCAACUACGUAGCCCCUGAGGUUCUCAGUCACAAGGGUUAUGAUGGUGCUGUGGCAGAUGUUUGGUCCUGUGGGGUCAUCCUUUAUGUUCUGAUGGCAGGAUAUCUUCCAUUUGAUGAACUUGAUCUCACCACGCUAUAUAGUAAGAUUGAUAAAGCAGAGUUCUCAUGUCCAUCUUGGUUUCCAGUUGCAGCAAAAUCCUUAAUUCAUAGAAUUUUAGACCCCAAUCCUGAAACUCGAAUAACUAUUGAACAGAUCAGAAAUGAUGAAUGGUUUAACAAGGAUUAUGUUCCUGUCAGACUUCUUGAAUAUGAAGAUGUUAACCUUGAUGAUCUAAAUGCAGUUUUUGAUGAUGAUGAGGAGCAAGGGGCUAAUGAGCCAUGUGGGAAUGAGGACACAGGUCCUUUGAUUCUUAAUGCAUUUGACCUGAUAAUUCUAUCUCAAGGAUUAAACCUUGCAUCCCUGUUUGAUCGUGGCCAGGGUUCUGUGAAGCAACAGACACGCUUUGUUACACAGAAGCCAGCAAAGGUCGUUUUAACUAGUAUGGAAGUUGUUGCACAAUCAAUGGGUUUUAAGACUCACACUCGCAACUUUAAGAUGAGAGUGGAAGGUCUUUCAGCAAAUAAGGAUAGUCAUUUCUCAGUCAUUCUAGAAAUCUUUGAAGUUGCUCCGACAUUUUUGAUGGUAGAUAUUCAGAAAGCAGCAGGAGAUGCCAGUGAAUAUCUCAAGUUUUACAAGAAUUUUUGUGGCAAUCUUGAGGAUAUCAUCUGGAAACCACCUAAUGAAUCAAGCAAAUCAAGGAUCACCAAGACGAAGGGUAGAAAACGUUAAUUUUGUUUCCUGUAAACUUCAUCGACUUCUGUUACAUAUUUUAAUCUGGGGUUGACCCAUAGGGACACAGACAUUACAACCUUGAGGUUAGGAUUACAUUACAGCUUUUACUAAGUAUACCCACAUCUCCCCUCCUUUGUCUUUCUCUCCCUGCCAAAAAAAAAAGAGUUCCAAAGAAAGAGGAAUUAGUAUUGUAAAUUCCUAAUUAUCUUAGUUUGUUUAUUCUACUGCGAGUGUUAUUCUACUUUUAAGUUAAUACACUGCGAGCUUAUAUAGUUGAUGAAUCUAUUAAUGUAA